AUGGAGACGGAGACGGAGACGGAGGAGAAGAUGAAGAGGAAGAGAAAGCAGAUCUGGCAAUGCAAGUCGGAUAUUUAUUUGAUGAGUUAUGGAUUUGGUGUGAGCAAAAUAAGUGGGAAAUAUAAGGUCGUUUGUACCAAUGUGAACGCUGGAUCCGGCUCUUUUCAUGUGUACACCCUCGGAACAGGAACAUGGAGGCGCGUUGAAGCCGGCUCUGUUUGUGGCUACACAUUCUGUUACAAUGCACACAUUGUAUGUAACGGCAACCUCCAUUGGUCGGUAUAUGAUUCGACUCAUACCUUAUGGAUUUGUGGUUUUGAUCUUGAAACAGAACGUGUUAGCAUCUUCUCUGCUCCCGCCGUUGAUCGAUGUGUUGCAAAUGUGAAGUUGAAUGUUUUGAGGGACUGCCUUUGUUUGUCUUACACGCAAGGUUAUAAACUUGUCGUCUGGUUGAUGAAGGAUUACCGAGUCGGGGAAUCUUGGACCAUAGACUGCAAGAAUAGUGUUGAUUUUGAUAUUGAUCUUGUUUAUGAUUUUGAUUGCCAUGAUAUGACUGUUCAUCCAAUCAAACUGUUCAAAAAUGGUGACAUUUUGAUGUUGUUUGAAGAUAAGUGCCUCUUCUACUACUCUCAUGAGACAAGGACUAAACAAGUCGGUAUGCUUACGGAUGGAAAUCCAAAGGAUGCGGAGGAGGAUGAAGAAAUUGUCAUCUGGAUGAUGAAGGAAUACCAAGACGAGAAAGCAAUCUUAGACCGUAGUGUACAAGUUGAGUACUUGUGA